AUGUCGUCGUCACAAAUAUCGGAAAUGUCCAAGACCUAUCAGUACCGCAAGGUGAUGAAGCCUAUGCUGGAGAGGAAGCGUCGGGCACGCAUCAACAAGUGCCUGGAUGAGCUGAAGGAUCUGAUGGUGGCCACGCUGGAGUCGGAGGGCGAGCACGUCACUCGCCUGGAAAAAGCCGACAUUCUCGAGCUAACAGUCACCCACCUCCAGAAGAUGAAGGAGAAGCGCCAGCACAAGCGCGCCUCCGGCGACGAGAGCCUCAGUCCGGCCGAGGGAUUCCGCUCCGGCUACAUCCAUGCCGUCAACGAGGUCUCCCGCUCCCUGUCCCAUCUGCCCGGCAUGAAUGUCAGCCUGGGCACCCAACUGAUGACACAUCUGGGACAGCGCCUCAAUCAGCUGCAGCCCGCCGUCAAGGAGGCUCUCCCCAUCACCGCUCCACUCUCCGUGCACAUAGCCAGCCGGGACGCCUACUCCGUGCCCAUCUCGCCCGUCUCCAGCUUUGCCGGCAGCCCCAACUCCAGUCUCGCCAGCAGCGAGCGUCUGGGCAGUGCCUCCCUACUCACCACCUGCUCCUCCAUUGAUGUCACAAAAAUGGAACUGGAGGUCGACAGCGAGGAUGAGGAGAAUGUCUGGCGGCCCUGGUAGAGAGCACCUCCAGGAACACUGAA